AUGCGUUUCCAGCUAGUUUAUGUCCUUGCUGCCCUUGCAGUUGCCCCAAGCUUGGCCGCACCUACUGCUGAUCAAGGAAAGGGUUUAAUUGAUCCAGUUACCACUGAUCUCCAAUUAAAGGCUGGAGAGAACAGUCUAGAAGAUCAAGCUUCUGGCCUUGUUAGCUUUGACAAGCGUACUGAAGGACAAUAUACCUUUACCUUUAUUAAUUCUUUAAGAGGCGCUGUACGGAAUAUUGGUGGAGUCGCUAUCUCUCUUUUCUACAACAAGGGAGACAUUUUUGUGACUAUUCACAACCACCUAGCCCAGGACAUAUCAGCAUAUAUUGAGGAGUGGACUAAAAGAGAGGAUAUUAUGGCCCUAACAGUACCAGCUGGCCAGAAAGUAGAAUGGACUCUUCACGCUGCACUCUACGAGGCAAAUGAUGUUGGUAAAUUUUUCUGGAAGACAAACUACUAG